AUCGAAGUUGUCAGAUGGUUUUGAAGGCACGGGAAAUCGACGUUAAAGAGGAAAUCAAAUCAAACGCUCGAAAGUAUGUGAGAAAUACCAAAGAAAAUGACACGUGAAACGCGGUAAUCCGAACUGGAAUAGAAGCUGGCACGCAACAGUGUGCCUGAAGGAGUCUUCUCAAGUCUCUUCAGGGACGUUGAACAAAUUACUCGGGCAUACACUGGGAACGCUCGAGAGCAAGAGGAAAGCCAUUAUCAAACAAUUGCUCUACAAAGGGGAACCUUCUCUAUUUUCUUGUACAGAACCUUCCAACGUAAACGUGACGUUCGUGUUACGAUCGAAAUCCGCGAGAUCUUAUAUACCGAACGAUCAAAUAAUCCUUUCGAUCCCAAACUUUGGAACUUUAAACGACAAGAAGAAAAAGGUAGUCGAUUAAAGCUAGGCUGGUUCGCGCUAAUUUCGACGAUUAACCGCAAUUACAGUUACAUAGCUCGUGUUCUAGCGUUUUCAGACGGCGAGCGACGAGUGGAGGAUUUCGUGAAACGAGUAUAUCUAGCGGCGCGACGUGUUUCAUGGCCUGGAAGUAAUCCGUGGAAGCUUUUCGAAGCUUCGAGCGCCAGCGGUAUUGGUUCGUUAAAGAACCGAAAGAAGUUGGGGCGCAAAGGUAAACAGAGGGGAAAAGGGUAAAAUCGAAGUUUCGUUGGAACGUUGGCGAGCAAGGGAAAAAUCGUGUGUCACGGACGAGCUACUUUGUACUUUGUCGAGUGAACGGUGUGCAAGUGGAACCGGAUGUAACGGGGGUGUCAGUCAACGGCAAUGACGAGUAUCGAAUUCACGUUGUCAGGCUGUCGUGAUAAAAACUUGACAACGAUAGUAAAAGUCUGUUGGAGAUUGUCGCGUGGCUAAGUAGACUGGCGGUUCGGGCAUGGUGCGGAAGUAGGUUUUCUUUCUUCCGGCUUCUGCUAGAGAAGCGCAGUACAAGUGGUUCCGAAGAGGACGAUGAUGUCUAGACAAAGCAAAGAUCCCGUGCAGAAGUGCCACUCGGACCCAGGUGCUGCAAGUACCGGCAGUACUCCUUGCAGCCCUGGUAAGCGAAUUUCUCGCAGAGUAGUGCCAGGAAUUCCAAGCUCUUCCAACACACGCAAAUGUGUUCUCACCUUGGACGGCUAUAGCUACGUGAUUGUUGCAUCUCCACCGGAUCGAAGAGUCACGAGAGACGAUAUUGCAGUGUCCUCACCCGGUGCAUCUCCAAACGUUAAUGCAACUACAAGCUGCACUGGUACAACGUCGUCUCGAUCGCACAACCCUUCCUCGCCUGGUCGGAAUGGCCAGCUAUCGAAACAAGGCACAUUAACGAUAGUACGUCGAAGUUCUGGUAAGAGUAAGAGUAUCGGCGGAAGUUUCGAAAGUUCUCCGCCACCGCACAGUCCUGACACUCUUUCGUCAAGCCAGUCCGUGGACCUUGAUGAGAUCCUUGAUAAUGUCGAUCUAACGACGGACUCGCUUCCUGCCGUUGACACCCCCGAUGCUUGCGACAAAGCUGCUCUCAGACUGAGAUGCUUACUGAGGCAGCUUCAACAUGGCGAAAUAUCUGCAGAAUUACUUCAACGAAAUUUACACUACGCGGCACGCGUACUCGAAGCUGUCUUCCUCGAUGAAACCAAGGUGAAUUCAGGAGGGGUUGAGUGCUCUCGGUCAUCGCGUAGGGGUGCGAGCCUGUCAUCUGCAUCCCUGGGGAGCGGCUUGGACUCGGAUGGACAACAGGGCCACGCGGUGGUAACCCAGAAACGGAAGCUUCGCACCCCCGUAUGGGCAAGAGACGCCGAGCGUGUGGAGUCAACCGCUACUCGCCGUCAGGGUAUACGACGUAGGCGGCUAGCGGACGAGGACGACGAACUGUCGGAGGUACAGCCGGACGCGGUGCCGCCGGAAGUUCGUGAAUGGCUGGCUUCGACCUUUACCAGACAGCUUGCGACCACGAGGCGGAAGGCAGACGAGAAGCCAAAGUUCCGCUCGGUCGCGCACGCCAUCAGAGCAGGAAUCUUCGUCGAUCGGAUUUACAGGCGGGUCACCAACAUCGCGUUCAUGCAGUUCCCGCCGGAAGUGGUUAGAGUGCUCAAGACUUUAGACGAUUGGUCCUUUGACGUAUUUUCAUUGAACGAAGCCGCAAUGGGAGCUCCAGUGAAAUAUCUCGGCUAUGAUCUAUUGAAUCGAUACGGCAUGAUCCACAAAUUUAAAGUCCCUGCAACAGUGUUGGAGUGCUUCUUGGGAAGAGUCGAAGAGGGUUACUGCAGGCAUCGAAAUCCGUAUCAUAAUAAUCUUCACGCAGCUGAUGUCGCACAGACUAUGCACUAUAUUUUAUGUCAAGUAGGACUUAUGAAUUGGCUGACCGACCUGGAGAUUUUCGCCACACUGGUUGCGGCGAUUAUUCACGACUACGAGCACACUGGGACCACAAACAAUUUCCACGUAAUGUCCGGUAGCGAUACGGCUCUACUCUACAACGAUCGAGCCGUCCUGGAAAAUCACCACAUCUCCGCGAGUUUCCGGAUAUUGAGAGAAGAUGAGUGCAAUAUAUUACAAAAUUUAUCGAGGGAGGAAUUCCGAGAAUUUCGUUCGUUGGUGAUCGAUAUGGUACUCGCAACCGACAUGAGCUUUCAUUUCCAACAACUGAAAAACAUGAAAAACAUUCUGAGCUUGGCAGAGCCUAGCGUUGACAAAAGCAAAGCUGUCAGUCUGGUUCUCCAUUGUUGCGACAUCUCGCAUCCGGCCAAAAGAUGGGAUCUUCAUCACAGAUGGACAAUGCAACUAUUGGAAGAGUUCUUCCGGCAGGGGGAUAAAGAGAAUGCUCUCGGCUUGCCGUUUUCUCCGCUAUGCGACCGUAACAAUACCCUGGUAGCUGAAUCGCAAAUAGGAUUCAUCGAGUUUAUCGUCGAGCCCAGCAUGCAGGUGUGCAGCGACAUGUUGGAGACGGUUCUCGCUCCGCUGAAUAUAAAGGAGAAUGUGGACGAAUCGAACGACGGAUCUGUUGGAGAAAGCAAGAGAUUCAAGAUCGGUAAACCUUGGAUUCCUUGCCUCGGUGACAACAAGAAAAUUUGGAAGGAACAAGCUGUUCGAGACGCCGAGGCAAGAGCGCAAAAGGAGCAAGCGCAGAAAGAGCAAGCGCAGAAGGAGCAAGAGCAAAAGGCGAGCAGCGAGAGCCGCGAGGACAGCGACACGACGCAGCCAGCGUCCGAGGAAUGAAAAAUCCAGCGGGCCGUUCUAUUUUUCAAGAAUAUAUGUAAUUUUAGGCUACGAAGAAGCUCGUGAUUCCACACACAGCAGAAUAUCCACCGCGUUGUGUCUGUCUCAGUGGCACGUCUAAACGAAUCGCGCGUCACCAAGAAAGUGAUCUCCCUCGACGAUCGAGCGAACGCGCGAAAGGUCAAGUGUACGAUUAAAAAGAAUACUCCCACGACUAUUUAUACCGUUUGUUCACCACACUACAAACAAUUCUUCACCGAUUUCGCUGUAUUUCGACGAUCACUCCACCUUUUUAUCGAUCGACCAAAAGUUAUCGAUGUCUCUACGCGUCUUCAAUCUCUCGUCUUGAUUUUUCUCGCGGUCGAACGUAGCCUUUGCAUAAUCGAUGCCAUCGAUAGUCUUUGCUCUUAUUCUCGCUCUUUCGAUGCCGAGAAAUCUUCGCGAUUUGUAAAUACAACAGAAGCUUCGCGUGAUUUUUCUUACGCUACGCUACUGUCGAGCAGGUCGCGGUCUUUUCGUAGCUUUUAAGCUUUGAAAGUGACGCCUUAACCAACGACGUUCGAUCGUCGAACGCGAUGAUACUAAACUUAAAUUGUGAUCGAAAGAAAUUCAAAUUUUAAGAAGAAAAUGGCCCAAAAUCUUUUUGUUUCGUUUCUGUGAGUGUCGUUUGUAUUUUUUUAAAAGUUCGAAGUACGUAAAUAUUAUUCGUAAAUUCGUGAAAAAUUUGCAUUAAAAAGGGGUCAAUAAAGGGAACAUUCCUUCGCAAUUGCUCAAUGAGAACGAAGAUUAAUCGUUGACUUUCGAUCGAUGAAAAAUUCAGUAAAUGUAGGUCAUAGUUGAAUUAUAAUACACAAUGGUAUGACUUGUACAUUCUUUAUAAAAUUAGCAUACUAUUCGAGGAUCGUGAGUUGUCGCUUAGUCACAUCAGCUUUUAACGAACGAUAUCUUUGCGAUUAUGGUUGCGUCAUCAUACAAGUAGUUCAUACUAUCUUUUGAUCGAAGAUAGAGCGUAACGCUCAUCAGAAACAUUAUGUCAAUGUAAUUUUACUCCUAAACGAACGUAUAAUUAAAAUUAGAAAAUUGUUAGGAAUAUAAGUAACUGUACGAUGGGAUUCUGUAAUGAAAACAGGAAACCUAUACUGACAAAUUUCAAACAAUUUAGUAGAAACAUGUUGAAUUAUAAGGAAAAAAGAAGCGAGCAAGCGAUUAAGGCGUUACUUUCUCAGCUUACUUUACGCGUAAAUAUUACUAUCAAAACGUAGAAAUAUAGUUGAUCGAGUUUCCAUCGUAAGCGUAGCCUAAAGUUACCAGCUGCAAUAGGCGGCAAAAAUCGAACACACGUUAACACACACAUACAUCUACACAUGCAGCAAACAAACAUACAUAUAUACAGAAAAGAAAAGAGAAAGAGAAGAUCGUAAACGUACUUACAAUUAGAGGCACAAUUGUCUGUUCGCGAUGAAGUGGUAGCGCGUGUGAAAGGACGCUAACAUCAACACGUCGACGGGUUUUCCAUAGCGUUUCGCCAUUGGAGCGCUGUCUUUGUCCGUACCUGUUUUUUCUUACAAUUAGUGUAUAACUAAGAGCAUACGUUUUUUCAUAGGAACGAAGACUUUCAUCUUUGGGGGAAGAAAAGAAAUAAUAUUGAAUUCGAUCAUUUAACGAGCUAUACUAACUAAUAACUGCUCAUAAUCCUCGUUUCUCAUAAAAUCCUUGAAAUUCAUAGUUUCUCAAAGUAUCGAUCAUUUGCUACGAGCACCGAGCCAAUCUCUUGUUCGUAAAUAAUAUUCUACGUUUAUAGGCAGGCAUGAAAUAAAAAUUAUUUGCUAUUUUCAUCUUUUUUUACAAAAUCUUUGAAAUUUCUAAUUUAUUGCAUUUUUUUAAGGAUACUAUAAACCCUGACUUAAACUCACCAACAUCCGUAGAUUUGUAAGUGCGAGUGUUUUGCGUAUAACAUUAGGGUAUCUGAGAAAUAUUACGUAACGUCGAUCAUUUUACUCGAGUUAUUUUCAGAUCAUCUAUUCAAAUAAAAAAAAAGGGGGUGAAAAAGCUUAGGAGGCUGCUCGCGCUAAUUCUAAUGGCAUACAUUUUCUUCUUUGUACUUCGUGGAUUUAAGGGAUACCAUGAAAUCUCUAAUCGAGAUUCAAUUUAUUAAUAUAUAAAUCUAAUUCUAAUCGUGUUGUAUGUAAAUUCUCUUCGCUAAUGACCAAGUCAUCGUAAGGAAGAAUUUUCUUUUUUUUUUUUUUACAAAUACGUAAUAUUUUUAACGCUGGAACUACCAACAGCUAAAGUAUAAAACUCGUACCAAGCAAAUCGACAUGCAGGAUACAUAAAGAUAGAUAUAGCGCAGAAAGAUCACUUUAUCAAAAAUCAUUCAAAUCCUUGGAAAUAAAUCAUUUUAGAUCUAUGUAUAAAACUAUCGUGAAAAAUUACGAACCGAUCAUUUUGACUACUCUGCUAGUUCUUACGCCAAAGACACCCUAAUAUUUGAGCAAAACAUAUUUUUCAUAGCUUUACCACAAAUAACUCGAUCGAGAUACUAGUACGAAGCUUGUAGGAUUGAUAGACGCAGGCUGGCUGUCGCACAAGUAUCGAAUUCCAGGCGAACUUCGUACGAGGAGAAUCUGACAUUCUUCUCGACGGGAUGUUGCGAAGUUAAAAGCCUUCGGGCUGCGCCGAGCGCCCAAUCUUCGAUACGCUCGCGCAAUACGCGUCAGAUUCCCGCGACCAGAAAAGCUUACACUUGCCUUCUCGAAACUUCGACCGGCCGAUUGGCACGGAGAAAGGCGAAAAGUUGCUUCUUUUCCAAGAAGGUCCGAUUUUUCUAGUUCGAUUCACUCGUGAGCUUGCACUUAUGAAGUUUCCAAGAAACUUAGGAUCCCUUACGAAAUUGCUGAGAGUUUCGUUCGAGAUUCGAGACAGAUCGCUGCUUUGAUUCGACUUCUGGAAUAUUUCUCUUUUAACUUUCAUAUUAUUCGAUACAUUGAUUAAUUAUCCGUACAACUUGAAACACCUUGCUAACUAAAAUUGAUUAAUCGGAUCGUGCUCCACAAGUUGGCCGCGUCGAGGAGCUUCUUAGCAUUUUCCAAUCUUUGCUUCAGUCUCUGAUAUUUACUUACGCUUUACUCGAGAAAUUUGAGGAAAAAAGAAAAAAAGAAAAAAUACAAAUCCUAGCGAAAUUUACACGAUAUAAACGACUGAAAAAUCGAACAUCAUUUCGAACCACGUGACGUCUAAUGGAUAAAUAAUGAAUAAAGCAACCGACGUUUAACAAAAAAUAAGAGAAUCGCUGAAAUUGGAUAGAAGAACCGAUGUUUAAACGCAAUAAUCGGAUAAAAAAGCGUAACGAGUAGAAAUGGACGAUCGAAGGAAACGAACGAAACGAGAACAGACGAGCAUCGAAUCAGGAAGAAUCGGACUUAAAUCUAGCUGUGUGAGUUAGAUUCAUAGGGGUGUAACGUCGUUGUACAUACUUACAUUAGAUGUGUAUUCGUAUACACGUAAAGGUGCAGCUUUAAUGUAUGUAAAUGUAAUGUAAAAGGAUAUCACUAGCGUUUACUUAACGUGUGCUAUGUUUCAUGUACAUGUACAUACAUACAUAAACGAGAAAGGGACGGAGUAGGUGUGUUUCUGCACAUUUCAAGCGUAAUGUCGCGAGAAACGCGAACUGGUAAUUACGAACGCGUCUAGUUUGUACGUUCGAUCGAACAUAUCGGGGAAUCGCAUCGUUUUAUCCUGUUAACUUUGAUCGAUUGAACGAUAAGCGAAGAGAAGAAUCCUUUGAAAUCGAGGCUCACAACGUUCGUCGAGAACGACGUAAUGCGAUGUGAACUGCAUUAUAGGAUUUACUAAACGGAGGAACCUUUAGCGCGCGUACAUUUGUAAGGAACAUAGAGAAUGCAUAGGACAAAGUCUUUCGCUCGAAGAUUAAACAUAUCCGUCCUGUAUUUAUUUGAUUUCUCUCCUUCGCGUACGUGUCGUGUUUCAUUGGUGUAGAAUUUGAUGCUGCUUGGUACGGAUGAGAUAUCGCAUCGCGUUCUACUGAAUUUCUGGGAUACUAUGAUCUAAAUUAUUCAAGACAGCUUGUACCAAUUAAAAAUAAUACGAUACGACGAUAUGGAACUAAUCGUAUGUAAUUUCUGAAAAUGUACCUGCUUUACAGUUCUACGAAUGAUUUUUGAAAUUUACAACUGAAAGUGCUUGUACAGAAUUGCAUCUAAGAUAGUUGAACCAGUGCACGUUACGAUUGAAUCGAAAAUUUCGAUCUCUUUCUAUUGAAACGUGAUGAUAAACGAUGAAAUCUUACGAACCUCUCAUUAUAAAUAUAUUUCAAGCCAAGCAAAACCGCUUUAAUUUAAAAACUUUCUUCAAGCUUUUUCACAAAGUUCCCUCUUAUGGACUGUAUGGAUAAAAAGAAAAGAAAGAUCUAAAUCUCAUCCAAGCAAUUAAAACUAAUCGCCGUCAGAAAGAAAUGUAACAUGUUCCAGGAACACGACCCGUAUCUCCUUUAUGUGCGAGUAAGUUAAUUGUACAUACGUGGAACAAAUCGUGGGCGAGAUCAGUUGCCUGUUCGCAACGCAACAAAGAAACAUUCGCGUGUUUUUUUCUUUAGGGCGAUUUCCCAAGUAAGACUGUGCACGAGGUUCGAAUUCGUUGCAGCGGAUCGUUUCGGAAGCCAAGCACGCUGCUCGAGCGAUUUUAAUGUGUUUGCAUGUUCGCAUUCGUCGCGACGCGAACGCGACCACGCACUUGCCACUUUUGCGUUACGUGCUCAGCACGAAAGUUCAUUUUCCUUACUGCAGCGGACGAGGGGCCAAAACGCGUGAUAGAAUUUAAAGAAAAACAAGAAAAAAAAGACAAAAAAGAGACAGUACAUUUGGAACUAUGCUCGUACCAAGAGAAUAUUUCGAUAGGAAACGCGCGAGCGAAAACGCUAUGUUAAGUAGGUACGCAUUGUAUGCUGUCUACUAAAUGCUUUUGAUUUUUGGUUGAUCGUAAUAUCACGGUAAACAAAUUAUGAUCGUACAAAAGUGAAUAAUAAUGGUAAGACACGUAGUUUGAGACGGAGAGAGCUCGAUGCAGAAAUUAUCGCAAGGGGAAUUAAUUCUAUCGAACAUUCACAGGCAUUAUAUUUCGUUUUCUCUGAAAGGUGCGUAAUGUUUAGAAGUUUAAUGUGUUUUAAUAAGAAAAUUUGUAAUGAAAUUAGUAUUCCGUUGGUUACAAUUUCCAGUUUGAUCGAUCAAUGUACUUCGAAUAUUUAUUAUCUAAAUCUUUUAUCAAAUCUUCAAUGAAAUUGAAUUUACAUUGAAGUCACGUUAUGACGAAUACGUUAUGAUGUACGUUUCGAUAUCAGCUGUUUCAAUUUCUAGCAAUCGAUUCUAAAAUUCCAGCAUAAUUUUACAAAAUUAUUUAUUUACUUACCGCAGGUGAACAUUCCAUAUCUACUCAGUUUCAUAAAUUAUGAUUCCACCUGCUGAGAAUUUUCCAAGAUUUUCUUCCAGUUCGGAUCAACUUAUUUCACAGCGAUACAACUAUAUCUUCGCGUUAAAACUUUCCGCCUAAAUUUAUCCUACAAAAAUCCAUUCCGUUCUUUCGUCAAGUUAUCGCAUGCAGGUUUCCGUAUCGAGCUCUUCGAACUCUCGUUAAAACGAGUCCUCUUCAACGUCAUUCGUAUUCGCGUAUUCGCUCGCGUCACUCAGUCUCACCUUAAUCGUCUAACUUUUUUCAAACAAAUACUGGCCUUUCCUAGUAGAACAGUGAAAACAAAUACGUAUCAAGGCCACUUUACGAUUCAAAAGAUAAAACUAAGAGCCGCGUAACGCGUACUUGAUACGUAUAACCUAUUGUAACGCUUCGCUCUAGGUGUACCUAGUAAAUAAAAUAUAAAAAGAAGUAUAAAGAAAACAGAGAAGAAAAAAAUAUAAUAGCCUGAACGCGACACGUGGCUCGUGUACAGCAGGUCGCGAGAGAAGGAUCGAUAUUACACGGCAAAGAGGCUUGGAACAACAAUAUUCGACCAAUAAUCGUAAUUCAUAAGAUAAGCUAACUCAAAGAUACACGUACAUAAACACUCACACGCAUACAUACAAUGUACACGUACACCGGAUGUGCGCAUAAAAGAGCACCACUUAAGCCCCGAAGUGUGCAAAAGUUCGAUUUCCAUUGGUUUUCAUAAAGAAACGUUAUACAAUCGGCGAUUAUAUAAGAACACUCGUCGAUUAAAGAUACAUUGUGAGGAGAAAAUAUGGGAAUCGAACGAGUAUUGUACGCUUUUCGUUCUUUCCUACAGUUUUUUCGUUCUUUCCUCCAGUUUUUUCGUUCGUCGUUCCUCCGUUCAACGUUCGUUUAAUCGGCACAAUUAACCGCAACAGAUGUGUACAUAAUCGAUAAAAGAAACCAUACAGCACCGUGUCCGUUUGAUGUGAUGUAAUUAAGUAAUAACGUCUAAGUGAAACAAAGAUAUGGUACGGGAGAAUAUAUAUUAAUAUAAAUACAAAAUAUAAAGUAUAAAUACACGUCGUGUAUAAUUAGUACUGUAUUCUGCAUAAAUUCACCGAGAAAUAAAAAAUACUCGAUUACUC